AUGCCGUACCUGGGCGGCGAGGAGGUGCUGCGGGAGCUCCGCCGGGCCCUGGCCAACCCGCAUGUGCAGGCGGAUCGGCUGCGGUACCGCGCUGCCGUCCUGCGCGUCAUCCGGCACAUGGCGCAGGGCGCGGACGUGUCGGGGCUGUUCCCGGAGAUGGUGAAGGCCAGCGCGGCGGCCGACGUGGUGCAGAAGAAGCUGGUGUCGCUGUACGUGCGGGCGCAGGCCCCGCGGCAGCCGCAGCUGGCGCUGCUGGCCGUCAACACCCUGCGCAAGGACUGCGCCCACCCCAGCCCCGCCGUGCGGGGGCUCGCCCUCCGCAGCAUGUGCGGCCUCAGGAUGCCCGGCAUACAGGAGUACCUGCAGCAGCCCCUCCUCAGCGGCCUGCGGGACAAGGCCGCCUACGUGCGGAGAGCGGCCGUGCUGGGCUGCGCCAAGAUGGUGAAGCUGCAGGGGGACUCCGAAGUGGAUGGUGCAUUGGUGAAUGAGCUAUACAGUUUGCUUCGUGACCGGGAUCCUAUUGUAGUCGUGAAUUGUCUGAGGGCCUUAGAAGAGAUCUUGAAGAAGGAGGGAGGAGUUGUCAUCAACAAACCCAUUGCCCAUCAUCUUCUCAACAGGAUGGCGGAUCUGGAUCAGUGGGGGCAAAGCGAGGUGCUUACCUUCCUUCUGCGUUACAGACCCCGCAGUGAGGAGGAACUCUUCGACAUACUCAAUUUACUGGAUGGCUAUCUCAAAAGCAGCAGCCCCAGCGUUGUGAUGGCAGCCACCAAGCUUUUCCUAGUGCUGGCCAGGGAGUACCCGCAUGUGCAGGCAGAUGUUUUGGUGAGAGUGAAGGGACCGCUGCUGUCUGCCUGCACCUCGGAGAGCAGGGAGCUCUGCUUCACUGCGCUGUGCCAUGUGCGUCAGAUCCUUGGUAGCCUUCCUGGCCAUUUUAGCAGCCACUACAAAAAGUUCUUCUGUUCGUAUUCAGAGCCCCACUACAUCAAAUGCCAAAAGAUGGAGGUGUUGUGUGAGCUAGUGAAUGAUGAAAACGUGCAGCAAGUGCUGGAGGAGCUGAAGGGCUAUUGCACCGAUGUAUCGGUAGAGCUUGCCCAAGGGGCAAUCUUUGCCAUAGGCAAUAUUGCUAGGACGUACACAGAACAGUGUGUGGGGAUUCUGACGGAGCUCCUGGGGCUGCAGCAGGAACAUAUCACUUCAGCGGUAGUACAGGCUUUUCGGGACCUGGUUUGGCUGUGUCCGCAGUGCACGGAUGCUGUGUGUCGGGCACUGCCUAGCUGUGAGGACACCAUCCAGGACAGCGAGGGCAAGCAAGCGCUGAUCUGGCUCCUGGGCGCACAUGGUGAGAAAGUAGCGAAUGCCCCCUAUGUUUUAGAGGACUUUGUGGAGAACGUGAAGUCGGAGAUGUUCCCAGCAGUGAAGAUGGAGCUUCUGACAGCAUUGGUGCGACUUUUCCUGUCUCGUCCUGCUGAGUGUCAGGACAUGCUGGGGAGACUGCUCUAUUACUGCAUAGAGGAGGAGAUGGAUAUGGCAGUACGAGACCGUGGAUUGUUCUACUAUCGCCUUUUGCAGUCUGGUGUGGAAGAAGUGAAACGGGUCCUGUGUAGCCCCAAGUCUGACCCCUCUCUGGGGCUCCUGGAAGACCAAACUGAGCGACCUGUGAAUACAUGGGCUUCAGAGUUUAAUACUCUUGCACCAGUUUAUGGCAGAGAACGCUGGGCACUCGUCACUGCUCACCAGCCAGCAGAACCCUCUUACAGUUGUUCUCCUUGUACUGACUCCAGGAACAAAGACACAGAGUCACUGAUUUCUGAAGGGAAUAAAGAAGUCCUCAAGGUUCAUCCCGAUACGGGCAGCUUGACCUUAAUUCCUGAUGUUUACCUGACUGCAGAACAGUUUGAGAAGACCUGGCUGAGCUUGGACAUGAGCUGCCGCCUCUCUCUGCCCUGGUGUGGGACUGUUCAUCCGGAUACCAUACAGACGGCUCUUCACGUUGUCCACAUCCAGACGAUUGCUAUGAGCAAAGCUGGCAUCCAGCCGUGGAAAGCUUACCUCAGUGCUCAGGAUGACGCAGGCUGCCUCUUCCUAACAGAGCUUUUGCUUGAGGCGGCAGAUUCAGAGAUGCAGGUUUCGGUGAAGCAGAGUGAGGCAAAGCCGGAGGCACUGCAAACCUUUAUUUCAGCGUUAAGGACGGUCAUGGGGGCAGUUGCCGGACUGGGGUCCUGACUGGUCCCUGCUCCCAGCAGGAUGCUUGCUCAGGGCACAGGAAAAGUUUAUUUCUCUGGCUUCAUUUGCCAUACCUGAUGCUGGUUUUGUACUUCUAAACUGCAGGAGUGUUAGCAGGCCGUUCCUGGGCCUAGGGAGGACGUGUGGUGUGGGGGUAGCUGCAGCUGGCAGGUACGGGAUUGCUGCAGUUGGUGAAUGGGGCAAGGUGAAGGGUCUGUCCUCCCUCUGGGCUGGGGAAGGGACAAGGUAACGCGGUCGUGAGCCUGCUGCUCCUGGCGUGAGUCACAGAAUGGUGGCACCUACGGUGAUUGUCACAAGACACUAACGUGACUGAUGGAACCAGAAAUGAGCAAAAUUCAGGGAUGUGUUGGAGAGUUUUUUUCAUGAGAAUUGUAAAGAAUUCAAAAAACAGUUCAGAGACUCCAGGACUCUGCUACUUAGCUCACAUUAAGAACAACAGUGCAGUGAAGAGAGAAGUAUUUAGUUCUCGACUCCCUUUACACGUCAUUUAGUUUUCUGUCUGAUAGAUGGAUUUCGAUAGUAGCUUCGCUUACGGGUGAAUGGACCUCUGCUGUGUCAGAGAUGGGUGGACAGGGUACAUCGUGCUCACUAGAACCGGCAUGUUUCUUUUUCAAGAGAAGUGUAUUUUCUAGUUGAAAUGUGUUACUGUAACGAUGAAUCGUCCUCUCUGAAGUUCCCCCCUCAGCUCCCUGUGGCCAGGGCGACUGUAAGAAAAUGCAGGAGCGUGCAGGUUGUGUAUGAUGUGUUUGCAUGAGUUAAUAUGGCGUGAGUUUUGUAGCCUGCAUCACUUUGGCCAUGUCAGGGAGCUGUCAGCCCUUGGUACUCACACCAAUAACGGAAGAAUUGCUGUUUAGAUAAUUAACCUGUAUGGAAUAUUAAAUUUUACUGAUACUGAUUUUUACCAUUUGUUACUUUGUAACUAGAAUGGGUAUUUAAAGGUUUGUUUUCUGUGUAGUACUUACUCCUGUGCAGUACUGUCAUCCUGUCCUCACAGUACAGUACACGAGAUGGAGCAGUACUAUGUGACUAAAUUUUUACAGUUUUUGAAGUUAUAGUCUGGUCAGCCUCGGGACUUGUUUGUUUAAGAGCCUGUCGACAGCACUCCAUCUGCUCUAUCGAAAGUUACAGAGAGUCGGACUUUGUACAGUAUCGUGAAGAGUUUCUGUGCCACAGCCAUGUUUUACACGGUGGCACAACCCUGAAGAAGGCUCCUUGGUCUAAGGUUGAGGUACAUAGGUUCCUAUAACAGGGCUUCAUGGUACUCUGUAAGGAGUGGCUUUGUUAACCCUAUUCUGUAAGAUUUCUUGUAAUUUUUUAUUUGUUUUAAUGACUGUAUUGCACCUUUAAAUUGCAAUAUGCCUUCCAUGCACUUCACUGAAACACCGCUGUCACUGUUAAACAACAGGUUUUAGAUUUUAUUUCUGAUUUUCCUAAUAAAAAUGUGAAUCAUU